UCUGCCUAUGUGUUCAGACCCAGCAGCCCGGGCCGCACUGCCCAGUGCCGGAGGGCAGUGUCUGGGACCCUAGUCUGUGGUCCGAAGUGCAGGGCAUACGAUCCAUCUGCCCCGUGGCAGUGAGUAAGCUGGGGACCCUACCACAGCCAGGAUGGAAAAGCCAGGGACCGGCUUCCCGCAGCCAUGCUGAAAAACAGUGAGAGGAGGCGGUCUUGGGGCUACAGGCCCUGGAAUACCGCGGAGGGUAGCGAUGCACCCACUUCAGGGAACAGCCAACACCGCGGGAGCAUCUGCUCCCUGGAGGCGCGUUCCGGCUCCCAGGCCAGCAUCCCACCGUGGACCGAGGGCAACUAUAACUACUACAUCGAGGAGGACGAGGACGGGGAGGAGGAGGAGCAGUGGAAGGACGACUUGGGCGAUGUGGCCGAGGAGGACCAGCAGCCAGAGGAGGCCGCCCGGACGGAAGGCGGCACCGAGGGCUCCACGCUGAACGUGAACGUGGGCGGCCAGAGCUACCACCUGGACUGCGCGCAGCUGGCCUGCUACCCCAAGACGCGCCUGGGCCGCCUGGCCGCCUGCACCAGCCGCGGCCGCCAGCUGGGCCUGUGCGACGACUACGAGGCGCAGGCGGACGAGUACUUCUUCGAUCGCGACCCGGCCGUCUUCCAGCUGGUCUACAACUUCUACCUGUGCGGGGCGCUGCAGGUGUGCGACGCGCUGUGCCCGCGCCGCUUCCUGGAGGAGCUGGGCUACUGGGGCGUGCGGCUCAAGUACACGCCGCGCUGCUGCCGCAUCUGCUUCGAGGAGCGGCGCGACGAGCUGAGCGAGCAGCUCAAGAUCCAGCGCGAGCUGCGCGCCCAGGCGCGGGCCGAGGAGGCGGAGCAGCUCUUCCGCGACGUGCGCUUCUGCGGGCCGCAGCGCCAGCGCCUCUGGAACCUCAUGGAGAAGCCCUUCUCGUCCCCGGCCGCCAAGGCCAUCGGGGUGGCCUCCAGCCUCUUCGUGCUCGUCUCCAUCGUGGCGCUGGCCCUCAACACGGUGGAGGAGAUGCACCAGCGGGCGGAGGGCGGCCGCUGGGCGGUGCUGGAGCACGUGGAGGUGCUGUGCAUCGCCUUCUUCACGCUCGAGUUCCUGCUGCGCCUGGCCUCCACGCCCGACCUGCGUCGCUUCGCGCGCAGCGCCCUCAACCUGGUGGACCUGGUGGCCAUCCUGCCGCUCUACCUGCAGCUGCUGCUCGAGUGCUUCGCGGACGAGGACCAGCGGCGCGGCCAGGGCUCCUCCCGGGAGCACGACCUGGAGACGGUGGGCAAGGUGGGCCAGGUGCUGCGUGUCAUGCGCCUGAUGCGCAUCUUCCGCAUCCUCAAGCUGGCGCGGCACUCCACCGGCCUGCGCGCCUUUGGCUUCACCCUGCGCCAGUGCUACCAGCAGGUGGGCUGCCUGCUGCUCUUCAUCGCCAUGGGCAUCUUCUCCUUCUCCGCUGCCGUCUACUCCGUGGAGCACGACGUGCCCGGCACCAACUUCACCAGCAUCCCGCACUCCUGGUGGUGGGCCGCGGUGAGCAUCUCCACUGUGGGCUACGGAGACAUGUACCCAGAGACGCACCUGGGCAGGCUUUUUGCCUUCCUCUGCAUCGCUUUUGGGAUUAUCCUCAACGGGAUGCCAAUCUCCAUUCUCUACAACAAGUUCUCCGAUUACUACAGCAAGCUCAAGGCUUAUGAGUACACUGCCAUACGAAGGGAAAGGGGAAAGGUGGACUUCGUGCAGCGAGCCAGAAAAAAGAUGGCUGAGUGCUUGGCUGAAAGCAACCCACAGCCCACCCCAAGGCAAGAGAAUUAAUGUUCCAGAGGCCAUGUGGCCGGUAGAUCCUGCAACCUCCAAGGCUUCCUUCCGCCUUCCUUUUUUUAUCAUCAGGAUUGCCCAUGAAAGGACACGUGAGGCAGACAUACACAGAGGGCAUUCAUUUCACAGAGUUCUACCUCAUGAAUGUUUGAACCCAGACUCAGACAGCCUCAUAUUGUGUUGUGUGAGAGUCUGAUCAUCCCAACGACAUUGAUAAUGAGAACUCCUUGGAAGGAGUGACAUCUUAGCUUUCUCUUGUAGCUUCUCAUGGCUUCUCAAUAAAUAUUUUUGCACUUGAGUUGACUUGAGAAGAAUUUCCUUACAUUGAAGAAAGGAAAUCCUUGAUUUUCCAGAGAGAGGGAAUGUUGCAUCAGAACUAUAUGAGCCCUGGCGUUAGACCAAGCCCCGUCGGAAGCCCGGAUCUACCAGCUGUAGGAUUUGGGACAAGUUACUUUAACUGUCUGAGCCUCAGUUUCUUCAACUGUAAAGUGUAGUUAAUAAGAAACCACCUUGUAAUAUGAGCAUGGAGAAUGAAGGUAAUAUUUGUAAAUGCUCAAUAAAUGGAAGCUGUUAAAACUG